UUUUAUUGCAAAAUCUCGGUCGUUUUGGGUAUAAAUAAAACCCGGCAUGGAUCCAAACAAAUUUCAUUUAAGUUUCGUUAUUUUAAAGUGAAGAGAUGAAGAGGUUAAGUUUGAUAGUAUUUGUGGUUCUUGUUGGUGUGGUUACUUGUGAAGAAACUGUGAGAGUAAACAGGGAGGCUCAAUUUGGAUAUGGGGGUUAUGGGCACGGAUAUGAUCAUGGACACGGAGGGCAUCAUCAUGGAGGACAUGGUUAUCCCCACGGAGGUGGAUUCCACCACGGACACGAUUAUCAUCAUCACCACCACCAUGGGGGGCACCACUUUUAAAUAAAUCACUUAUUAUCAAUCAAAAAAUAUUUAUUUCAAAUCAAUUUUAAAUCCGAUCCGAUUUAUUUCCGAACAAAGCAUAACAUCUCUUAAUAGUUUCUUGAAUUGAAGCCAAAACUCGACACGGUCUUAAAUCCUCCGAGCUUUGAGCUUUCGAUUGAAAAAGAGGAAGGCACUUUUUCGCUGUGACCAAAUCGCCGUGUAACAACGCAGCUAAAGUAUCCUCGUUUAUGUCAAAACCUUUUGUACGUACUUGCAAAUUAUUAAAUUGGGGCCAAUUUUGCUCGCAAGCCUCGCAUUUACAAUCAAAAAAAUAUUGUCGUUUUAAUUCUCUUUGUCGCUCAUUUUUAUUAUUAACCGCAAAAUGAUAUCUAAGAAAUAAAAAUAAAACAUAAACUCAAAAUUA